CCCCCCCCCCAACGCCCGCAGCCCGACUCUUAGCCGCGGCUCGUCCCGGUGCCCACCCCCGCGAAACGGAGCUCCGGGCGCGCAGCCUCCCCGCCGGCCGCGAUGCCGAACGUGCAGCUGCCGCCCAAGGAGAGCAACCUCUUCAAACGCAUCUUGAAAUGUUAUGAACAGAAGCAAUACAAAAACGGCCUCAAGUUUUGCAAGAUGAUUCUUUCGAAUCCAAAAUUUGCUGAACAUGGAGAGACUUUGGCUAUGAAAGGAUUAACAUUGAACUGUUUAGGAAAAAAAGAAGAAGCGUAUGAAUUUGUUCGUAAAGGUCUUCGUAAUGAUGUCAAGAGUCAUGUCUGUUGGCAUGUAUAUGGACUCUUGCAGCGUUCUCAUAAGAAAUAUGAUGAAGCUAUUAAGUGUUACCGAAAUGCUCUCAAAUUAGAUAAAGAUAAUCUGCAAAUUUUGAGAGAUCUUUCUCUGUUGCAGAUCCAAAUGAGAGACCUUGAAGGUUACCGAGAGACAAGGUAUCAGCUUCUUCAGUUGCGCCCAACACAACGUGCCUCCUGGAUUGGAUAUGCUAUUGCAUAUCAUUUACUGAAAGAUUAUGAUAUGGCACUAAAACUAUUGGAAGAAUUUAGACAAACUCAGCAAGUUCCUCCCAACAAAAUCGACUAUGAAUAUAGUGAACUGAUAUUAUACCAGAAUCAAGUGAUGAGAGAGGCAGAUCUGUUUCAGGAAUCUUUGGAACAUAUAGAAACAUAUGAGAGACAAAUAUGUGAUAAACUUUUGGUGGAAGAAAUUAAAGGGGAAAUGCUGUUGAAAUUGGGAAGAUUAAAAGAAGCCAGUGAAGUAUUCAAAAACUUAAUUGAUCGGAAUGCAGAAAAUUGGUGUUAUUAUGAAGGCUUGGAAAAAGCUCUACAACUUAGUUCCUUAGGACCUUUUCUCCCCCAUGGCACUUUAGAAGAGAGGCUUCAAAUUUAUGAAGAAAUUAGUAAGCAGCACCCCAGAGCAAUUUCACCUAGAAGAUUACCUUUGAAUCUUGUCCCAGGUGAAAAAUUUAGAGACCUGAUCGAUAAGUUCCUGAGGGUUAACUUCAGUAAAGGCUGCCCACCCUUGUUUACUACUUUGAAAUCUUUAUAUUACAAUACAGAAAAGAUUUCUAUAAUCCAGGAGCUUGUUACUAAUUAUGAAGCCUCUCUUAAAAUGUGUGACUUUUUUAGCCCUUAUGAGAUUGGGGAGAAGGAACCACCAACAACACUACUCUGGGUUCAGUAUUUCCUGGCACAGCACUUUGAUAAACUUGGGCAAUAUUCUUUGGCUUUGGAUUACAUUAAUGCUGCAAUUGCUAGUACUCCAACUCUAAUAGAAUUAUUCUAUAUGAAAGCAAAAAUUUAUAAGCAUAUAGGUAAUCUCAAAGAAGCUGCAAAGUGGAUGGAUGAAGCGCAGUCUUUGGACACAGCUGAUCGAUUUAUCAAUUCUAAAUGUGCAAAAUACAUGCUUCGAGCAAACAUGAUAAAAGAAGCAGAGGAAAUGUGCUCCAAGUUCACAAGGGAGGGAACAUCUGCCAUGGAAAAUCUCAAUGAAAUGCAGUGUAUGUGGUUUCAAACAGAAUGCAUUUCAGCUUAUCAGCGUUUGGGGAGAUAUGGGGAUGCCUUGAAAAAAUGCCAUGAAGUGGAAAGGCAUUUUUUUGAGAUAACUGACGAUCAAUUUGACUUCCAUACAUACUGCAUGAGAAAGAUGACCCUUCGGGCCUAUGUUGACCUUUUGAGAUUAGAAGACACACUCAGAAGACAUGCGUUCUAUUUCAAGGCUGCUAGAUCUGCAAUUGAAAUAUACUUGAAAUUGUAUGAUGAUCCCUUAACCAGUGAAAGCCAACAGCAAGAAAUAAAUUCAGAAAACCUGUCAGCCAAAGAAUUGAAGAAAAUGCUUAGCAAGCAGAGAAGAGCUCAGAAAAAGGCUAAAUUAGAAGAAGAGAAAAAGCACGCAGAAAGGGAACGUCAACAAAAAAGUCAAAAGAAAAAAAGAGAUGAAGAAGAAGAAGAAGCCAGUGGUCUCAAAGAAGAACUUAGACCUGAAAAAUUAGAAAGGAUAGAAAAUCCGUUAGAAGAAGCUAUCAAGUUCCUUAUACCUCUUAAGAACCUUGUCGCUGAUAACAUUGACACUCAUCUGUUAGCAUUUGAAAUAUAUUUUAGAAAAGGAAAGUUUCUGUUAAUGUUGCAGUCUGUCAAACGAGCUUUUGCCAUCAACAGUAAUAACCCAUGGUUACAUGAAUGUUUAAUUAAGUUUUCUAAAUCUGUGUCUAAUCAGAGUAACCUUCCAGACAUUGUUAGCCAAGUUCUAUCUCAAGAAAUGCAGAAAAUAUUUGUCAACAAGGAUUUGGAAAGUUUUAAUGAGGAUUUUCUCAAGCGCAAUGCUACCUCUCUUCAGCAUCUGCUUUCAGGUGCUAAAAUGAUGUAUUUUCUGGACAAGUCAAGGCAAGAGAAAGCAAUUGCUGUUGCCACUAGACUGGAUGAAACUAUAAAAGAUAAAAAUGUAAAGACUUUAGUAAAGGUUUCUGAGGCCCUGCUUGAUGGCAGCUUUGGGAUCUGUAACUCCCAGUAUGAAGAAUACAGGAUGGCUUGUCAUCACCUGCUUCCUUUCACGUCUGCGUUCCUGCCUGCUGUGAAUGAAGUCCACAGCCACAGUGCGGCCCUAAACCACACGUCUAACUAUGAUGUCCUGGCAAAUGAAAUGUGAAAUCCCGUAGAAAGUUGACUCCUAUAAGACUCAAAGCUGAAUUCAGAUCAGGGUUUCUUUUCCAGGGUAUAUUUUAAUGUAGAUAUGAAAUGAAAAAAUUGGCUAGAAUUUUUAAAUGGAAUGUUCUGUAAACUUAUUUUAUUCUUUAUCUGAUUCUGCCAAUUUAUGUGAACAUCUAUUAAAAUUACCUGUUUAUACUUGUACAGUUUUCUUAAACUCUCAAAUUAUCGGCAUUAUGAUGGGUGCUGUCACUUCUGUAUCAUGAAUAUGAUGAUUUCUUAGUAAGCUGAGUUGUAUACAGGCCCAUUGUAUUAUUUUCUUUAUAUCCUGGUUGUAGGAUCUAUGUUUUGAUCCCUUACUGGUUUGUUUUAUUGUUUAUUUGCUUGCUUUUUAAUUCACAAGAGUUUUAAAUGUUAACUGUAUGCUAAAAACAAUAUGGAGCUCCUUUUGGCAAAUACUGAGGUUUAUUUAGAAAUUCAGUUUGCCCUUUUUUCCACCUUAAUUUUUUCAUGAUUUACAGUUUCCUUUUCACUAUCUAUGAAAAUGAUACUUUCUGUUGAAUAAGGGUACUCCACUUUUAUGUAGCUGAUUUCAGAAGGUGGGGGUUUGUUUGCCUCUUAAUCAUGGAUAUUCACUGGUAAAUUUGUUGCAUAUCUCUAGAUCAGUCUUACAGACCCACAGGCAAGAAUUAUGCUCUCUCGAGUUAAUUGCUUUGUGUGUUAACAAGGUUUAUAUCUGAGUAGUGUGCUUCAAGGGAGCUAAUAGGGCAGCGUAUAAGUUAUAGUGAAACAUUCUUAUAGCCAUGUGUUGACUAUUAAAUAUGUUUUUAUAUCAGCAAAAUGAGAAUUUAAACUAUCAUUCAUUUGACUAUUAAAACAUAGUAUUGUUGGGCAAUAUUUUUUGGAGGGGAUAGCUUUUUGUUCUGUCUUGUACAGAAAACAGUAAUGGAAUCAUUUAGUGUUUCAGAACUUUGUAAAUAUGUCUGUAAUAUUAAUACUUCCCCUUUAAGGAAAACAUAAAUUCAAAAAGGGAGAUUUUAUUUAGAGAAACAUAGCUAAUUAAAAUGAUUUUCCUUCACUCUAAGCUAUUUAGAUUCAUAGUUGUUGAGAGGAAAAAAAACUCACUGUAAAAUAAUGCCAACCUAUAUAAUGCUGUAAUAAAUUAUUUUGUACACAGUU